UGGUGACUGCUUGCUACCAUCGCCUGAAGACGAACACAAGACUCAGUACUUUCUCAGCAUCAGGAAGCAUCAAACCGUCUUUUCUACUAUGCCAGGCUACUCAGAAUUCUAUUUCAAUGUGGAUCAUGGUUAUCUAGAGGGUCUGGUCCGAGGGUUUAAAGGUGGGAUCUUGAAGACUUCUGACUAUGUCAACUUAGCACAGUGUGAAACACUGGAAGACCUGAAGUUGCACUUGCAAACCACAGAUUACGGAAACUUCCUGGCCAAUGAAACUGGGCCCCUAACGGUUUCUACCAUUGAUGACAAACUCAAAACCAAACUUCUGACAGAAUUUCACUAUUUUCGAAACCAUGCUUUUGAACCACUCUCCACAUUCCUAAACUAUAUUACGUACAGCUAUAUGAUAGACAAUGUGAUUCUGCUCAUUACCGGCACGUUGCGUCAACGGCCCAUUGACGAACUGAUUCUUAAGUGCCAUCCUUUGGGCAGCUUUGAGCAAAUGGAAGCUGUCAGCAUUGCUCCAAACCCUGCUGAAUUAUUCAACGCCAUCUUGGUGGACACCCCACUAGCUGAUUUCUUUCAAGACUGCGUAUCUGAAAAUGACCUGGAUGAAAUGAACAUUGAAAUCAUGCGCAACAAACUGUACAAGUCUUACCUCGAGGCAUUCUACACAUUCUGCAAAAAACAAGGUGGCACCACAGCAGAUAUAAUGUGUCCUCUUUUAGAGUUUGAAGCGGAUAGACGUGCCUUCAUUAUCACCAUUAAUUCAUUUGGCACUGAACUAAGUAAAGAAGACAGGCAGAAGCUGUAUCCAACUUGUGGGAAACUGUAUCCAGAAGGGUUAGAUAUGCUAGCCAACGCAGAAGAUUAUGAACAAGUGAAGGGCGUGGCAGAAUACUAUGCUGAAUACAAAGCUUGCUUUGAAGCAGUAGGAGGUAGUACAGGUGAUAAAACAUUAGAAGAUGCAUUUUUUGAACAUGAGGUCCGAAUGAAUGUGCUGGCAUUCAACAACCAGUUUCAUUUUGGGGUCUUCUAUGCCUAUGUAAAGCUGAAGGAACAAGAAAGCAGAAAUGUCGUAUGGAUUGCUGAAUGCAUCUCCCAGAGGCACAGAACAAAAAUUAACAACUACAUCCCUAUUUUCUGAACGCUAAUGGUGCAUAAUAACAGGAGCAUCUAUGUAAUGUGCUGGGUAUUUGACUAAAUUCCUCAUCAUAUCACAAAAACAGGGUCAGCUGAUAUAUUAUGGACACCAAGAAGGGACCAUUUAGACUUACGGCUGUUGCCGUGUGACCAGCUGUUCAUAUAAAGCAGUUCAGCUCAUGAAUUUGGCAAUUUUCAGUCACCAAACUACAGUAAAUUCUAAAAAAUAAAGGGUUGUGAUUAGGGUGGUCAUGUGUCCUGUUUUAGUUUGCAGGGCUUUCAGAGGAAAGUCCUCUACUUGAGGGUGUCCUCUGUUUCAAGGGCUGUCCAAUCCAAAUUUAGUUUAAAGCUAAAGAACCACAAAGAGAGCAGGCAGGGUCUUGGAGCUGUUCAUCCAUUGUUAGCACCCAGACAGCAGAUCUGGUCACCUUCUUCUCCACUAUGGCAAGAAGUAUUGCCUUUCUAUUUAAAUUGUAGUCAUUAUUUCUGAAAUUACAUAUAUACAUAUGAAUUAACAUAUGCACAUCUGAUGCAAAUCUGUGUCCUCUUUUUCAAUGACAAAUUUCUUCUUCUUUUUU